AAAAAGGUGAAGUCCAUAAAAUCCAGAUGUUCAAUUAGCAACACAAUGUUUUUAAGAAUGGCAAAAUUGCGCCGAGGUAUUGACCCAACAACAAUCCACGAAACAACAAAAAACAUGUUAUUUCGAGGGUAGCUACAUGUCCUCAUUAGGACAUGAAUUAAUGAGUAUAAUUGACUUGCUCGCCUAAGAACUACAUUCGUUCCAAUUAAUAUUUCACGAUACAUCUCAACGGAAGAGAGAUAAUGUUUACGAGAUAUAUUUUCAGUCGUUACCCGGAUGGUUGGAAUGAAUGGCGAAGAUAUUUUUCAGGAGUGAAGUCAUGUAUAAAUAAUUCAAAAAACUGCUCGACAAUGGAUUAUGCUGGAUGGUUGUUUAAAUGGUAACAUUUGUGUCCCUCCCGGAUGGAACAUCAAUGCAGAACUGGACCUCUUCUGGAAAUUUCCCCUUUUCAAUUCUUCCGGUUGCGAAGAACUGAAAGGAACAUAUGAGCAAAUUAUAUUGGAUUUCUCUAGAAACUUGCCAAUACAUGACAACAUCCCAUGCAUAAGCGACCGACCUUUCAAAUCGGACAUCACACGUAAGAGAAAGCGAAGAUGAUUGAUCCAUCAUCAUCGGAAGAAGAUAGUGAUGAAGAACACGGAACUUCCCAUGGGGGACACCACCCUGCCCCCCAUCAUCAUGCUUCAACCCAUACCCAUCACCACACGUCCGAAGCCUCACCCUACCAUCACACCCACCUGUCGGACUCUGGAAGCGGAACUUUGGAGGUGCCGAACAAUUCAGCGGCCCUUCAACGUUCCCUAUCGCCGUCGAGUGCAGUAUCCGCUGAAACCCUUAGCCACAGCAUGGGAUCAUCCCGAGCGAAUUCCCUACCACGACCCACCAGCCCAUCACCGUCAGUUGCCUCCGAGAAAACCGAAGUUGACCUUCAGGAAAAGCAAGAGCGAGAGGAAGAGGAGCGAAAGAGGAAGAUCCAGCUCUACGUAUUCAUUUCCCGUUGCAUCGCCUACCCCUUCAAUGGCAAACAGCCAACUGACAUGACAAGACGCCAGGUGAAAGUAACGAAGCAGCAAUUGGAAUCAAUCAACACCAAAUUUCAGGCGUUUCUGAAGGGUGAAACACAAAUUAUGGCAGACGAUGCCUUUCAAAAUGCAAUUCAAAGCUACUACGACGUAUUUUUGAAGUCGGAAAGAGUAGUUAAAAUGGUACAAUCAGGUGCUUGUUCGCAAUACGAUUUCAGGGAAGUUUUCAGGAACAAUAUCGAAAAACGGGUUCGUGUUUAUUUGUCUAGGUCUAUGCCAGAUGUCGAAGGACUAAGCAAGGAGUCUGUGUUUGCAUCAUGGAUGGCUAAAUUUGACUGCAUACUCAAAGCUGGUCUUGGGGAUGACGAAUCAAAGCGGCCGUCUAGAAUGCAACAAACCCUAAACGCAGAGUUGAUUCUAUCGAAAGAACAACUCUAUGAUAUGUUCCAGCAAAUUUUAGGUGUAAAAAAAUUCGAACACCAAAUUCUUUUCAAUGCCUUAAUGUUAGAUUCAGCUGAUGAACAGGCAGCUGCUAUUAGGAGAGAAUUAGAUGGUAGAAUGCAGAGGGUAGCUGAAAUGGAAAAGAACCGGAAAUUAAUGCCAAAGUUCGUUCUAAAAGAGAUGGAAUCGCUUUAUAUUGAGGAAUUAAAGUCAUCAAUAAACCUGUUGAUGGCUAAUCUAGAAUCGCUUCCAGUCUCAAAGGGGUCCAUGGAUUCAAAAUAUGGCUUGCAAAAACUAAAACGCUAUAAUCACAGGUUGAACAACCAUAAUAAUCCGUAUAAUGUGAAGCAUCUUUUGAUGAACUAUGUUACUUCUUUUAGAUCGCAAGGAUCUUUAGCAAAAUUAGAAGGGGAUUCAGCUGACAGUGAUUCAACUUUAUCGAAACUAGACGUUGUUCUUAAUUUCCAGUUGGAGGUAGUAGUCAUGGAAGUUAAGGGUAUAAAAUCACUUGCUCCAAAUCGUAUAGUUUAUUGCACAAUGGAAGUUGAGAGUGGUGAAAAAUUACAAACUGAUCAAGCCGAAGCAUCCAAACCAAUGUGGGACACUCAAGGAGAUUUCACUACGAAUCAUCCUCUGCCAGUAGUGAAAGUGAAAUUAUACACAGAAAACCCUGGAAUGCUAGCAUUAGAGGAUAAGGAGUUAGGAAAGGUUGUUCUUAGGCCAACUCCCCUUUCGUCAAAGGGACCUGAGUGGCACAAAAUGACCAUCCCUAAAAAUUUGCCGGAUCAGGAUCUAAGAAUAAAAAUUGCCUGCAGAAUGGACAAGCCACUAAACAUGAAACACUGCGGGUACCUAUUUGCCAUCGGCAAAAGCGUUUGGAAAAAGUGGAAGAAACGCUAUUUUGUUUUAGUCCAAGUCUCCCAAUACACAUUUGCCAUGUGUAGCUACAAGGAGAAGAAAUCUGAGCCUUCAGAAAUGAUGCAACUUGAUGGUUACACAGUGGAUUAUAUUGAGAGUUCGAGUGCUAACAUGGUGGUAGGCAUGGAUUUGGAAGGUGGGCGAUAUUUCUUCAACGCUGUUAAGGAAGGGGACAGUAUAAUAUACGCUUGCGAUGACGAGAGCGAAUCUCAUAUGUGGGUUAUGGCAAUGUAUAGGGCCACUGGCCAGUCGCAUAAACCCACCCCACCGCCUACCCUUCAAGACAAGAACUCCACCAUAUCAAAGAUUCAAGGAGCAGAUGCUGACAGAGCGAGGAAGCAUGGAAUGGAGGACUUCAUAUCAGCCGACCCUUGCCAGUUUGAGCAUGCGUCCAUGUUCCGCUUACUCCAAACCCUGACGUUGGAAUAUCGGCUCAACGAUCCUUAUUGCUCACUGGGUUGGUUCAGUCCUGGACAAGUGUUCGUUCUGGAUGAAUAUUGCGCGAGGUAUGGAGUACGAGGGUGCUACAGACAUCUCUGUUAUCUGUCAGACUUGCUGGACAAGGCGGAUAAGAAUGUGAUGAUCGAUCCCACCUUGAUACACUACAGCUUCGCGUUCUGCGCCAGUCACGUUCACGGAAACAGUAAUGACCUCAGAACUGAUGGAGUUGGAAGCGUCACCUACGAGGAGAAGGAGAAGUUUCAAGAGGUGAAGGAAAGACUACGUGUAUUGUUGGAAAACCAGAUCACCAAUUUCAGAUAUUGUUUUCCGUUUGGGAGACCUGAAGGAGCGCUGAAAGCAACAUUGUCUUUAUUGGAGCGAGUGCUGAUGAAGGAUGUUGUGACAGCGGUGCCUCCUGAGGAAGUACGGGGGAUGAUAAAGAAAUGCCUAGAAAGUGCAGCACUCCUUAACUAUACCAGGCUAUCUGCAGAAGCGAAAGUAGAAGAAGAUCUAAAAGGAGAAACAAUGGUGCCACCUAAUAAGAAACUGGACGAUUUGAUACGUUUGGCUGAACUUUGUGUCGAUCUGUUACAACAAAAUGAGGAGCAUUAUGCUGAGCAACUACGUGUACCACCGCCACAAGGCGAUGUCGUCGCUACUGGCCCUAGCUCUAGUACUACCUCCUCGGCCCCGUCUAGUGGCCGGGAUGCUAAGCACGAGCAAUCUGUGUAUCGCUAUUGCAUGCCUCAGCAUGCCACUUACAAACCACCUGAUCCUACGGCCUUCGCUUGGUUUAGCGAUCUACUAGUCGAACAUGCUGAAAUAUUCUGGUCGCUAUUUGCUGUUGAUAUGGACAGAGUACUUGCAGAACAACCAGCAGAUACCUGGGAUUCUUUUCCUCUAUUCCAGGUCUUGAACGAUUAUUUACGAAUUGAUGAUAAUUUGAAGAAUGGUCGGUUUCAUCAACACCUGAGGGAUACUUUCGCUCCUUUGGUGGUUCGUUACGUUGAUUUGAUGGAAUCUUCGAUAGCUCAAUCAAUUCAUAAGGGAUUCGAGAAGGAAAGAUGGGAAAUAAAGGGGAAUGGCUGUGCAACAUCCGAAGAUCUCUUCUGGAAACUUGAUGCCCUGCAGUCCUUCAUAAGGGACUUGCACUGGCCUGAUCUCGAGUUCAGACAACAUCUGGAGCAGAGGCUGAAACUGAUGGCAUGCGACAUGAUAGAAUCUUGCAUACAAAGGACGGAGACAGCUUUCCAGCAAAGUUCCAAGAAACCUUCACCUACCUUCAUGUCGACAGAUUAUAUCAUACCAUCUGAAGUCUGUGCCAUGGUCAACGUUAUUCUCGAUGCCAAAAAUCAGUCUUUCAAACUCUGCACCGUAGACGGUUUAGAUGUGCACAAAUACCACCAGAAAAUCGACGACCAAAUCGAUAAGACUUUGGCGAAUAUGAACCAGGGUCUGGUGAGUAAGCUGCUGACAGUUUUGGAGGGAACGCUGAACAAACUAUCCCGCUACGACGAGGGAAGUUUCUUGGGACACAUAAUAGCUUUCACACCGGUAUUACAGAAUAUGCACGGUUCUGGUAAAGACGUAGGCCAAGGGUACGUCAACUUCACGCUGAAUUGCAUGGACCAGAUACGGGGGAAGGUUACGGACGAGUUGUGGAUUCUGACUUUUUUUGAACAGUGGUAUACCGGCCAGAUAACAAUGCUGUGCAAUUGGUUAUCGGAGAGGUUGGAUCAUACCUUGCAUCCAUUUCAAUGUGCCUGCCUUGCUCAUAUUGUGAGGAAAUUAUACUCAGACUUCGAACUGCAAGGUGUGAUGGAAGACAAACUUAAUUCGAAAGCUUACCAAACCGUCUCCCAGAGAAUGCAAACUGAGGAGGCAACUUGUGCCCUUACAAUGAAUCAAGUGGAUGGGGGUGAUGUAUAUAAUGAAGAGGGAGAUGGCAGAUCGAGACCAAAAGUACCAGUACUAGAAAAUUUAGGGGGUGAAGAUGGAAAUUAUGUUGCAAAUAUAGGAAACAUUCUGAGUAAUCGUGUAGGAAAUAUAUUCGGUAAAGGCUUCGGUGGCAUAAGCAACAAAUUUGGUGGAAAGUAAAUGGUUCUAAAAGAAAGCUUAUAUUUUCUCACGCUCGAUCGCGAUGUUUUUUUUUUGUGAAUGCUUAUUAAAUUUUGUUACCAUAACAUGGAAUCGCUAGCGAUUUCCGUUGGACAUUUUUACCAGCUGUUAACCGUGAAUGUUUUCAAUUAUUUGAAAACAUACGAAUCACUUCUUCGUUAAUUGACUACAAAUCGCACUUGCUGGAAAUUUUGUUCAGAUUUCCAGAUAUGUAAUUAUUUUCUCUUUCAAGUGCUAAAGCCUUCAGAAACAUUAUUUCAGACGGUACAAUAAAUUACCACUCGGUAUUGCACUGGCAUAUGUUCAAUAAUUUCUUCACACUCUAUGUGUAUACUUGCAAUAAUACUGGAUAACAACAUUGCCUAUAAUUGUUCGUUAAUGUAUUUUUUUUAAUUUCUGACGAUUCAAAACGAGAAAACCAAAAAGUGAAAGGAACAUAAUUAAUUUUUAACACGUUCAAAUGGUUUUUGAGUUUUGAAUUCGAACAGGGGGUUUUUCGUGCUGCAUUUUUUCAAUAUUGAUGUCUUAAGACAAUAAUUAUUGUUCGUUCAAGUGUGAUUUUAUACAGCACGUAAAAUAAAAUUAGAAGGGAUAGUAUAUGGUGGACAAAUUCCUUAAACCUUUUAUACAGCUAGUAUGAAGACCGUUAAAUUCUUUGAUCUUUCACUGCAAUGUUUAUUCCCAUUUUUCACGGCUGUAUAAAUCCACCCUAACAGCUUUUGGUUUGUUUCAUUUGAAACGAAUAACUAUUUUUGGUAGGAUAAAAAAUUUUGCUGACGUUUUUGAUAGUGUUUUUGUAUUGGAUUUAGAUAUAGAUAUAUACUUUUUUAUAAACGAUGAUAUAAUGGGUGUUAGCAUGUAUUAUAAUUAGAUAUAUUUCUCUGAUACGAUAGCAUAGCAGUGCAAUAUCAAGUGCAAAUUUUCGCAUAUUUUCAGUAUCUCUAGCACAUUUUCUAAGGUAGAGUACGAUAAUAUGGCAUAUCUUUAAUAUUGUAGACAUAAUCAGAUACUGAAAAUGUGAAUGAAUAAAGGAAGAAUGUUUUGUGCGCAGUGCGAAGUACACACCAAAUAAUUGGACACAUGUUGAACUGAUCAAUAAAUAAACAUUGUCCACAGCCUUCAAAUUAUUACAUAUAAAGUUCAAUCCUUAGCUUUAUAUCGCUGACAUCAGGUAAUCAUUUUAUAGAUGAAUCUAGAUACUGUGAUCUUUAACUACGUACUAGAUAAAGUAACAACGAUUCUUGAAAAUUAUUAAUGUUAUUCUGCAUGCCUAUCUGCUUAUACUUUGAAAAAUAUCUGUAGCUAUUUAACAGGAAAUAUUCAGAUAUUAAAGUACAAAUUUAUAAAUAAUUCUUAUAACGUAGUUUAGUCUAACAGUUUUCAAAAAUGUUAUUCUGGUGAAUGUGAAUAUUUAGGUCUAAAUAAUAUGAAUUAAUUAUAUUCAUCCUAUCAUAUUCAUUCUGAAUUCAUUAUUAGAUAAUUGGCUUCGAAAACCAAACAUUCCAUUGAUAAACUUCUUAUAUAAACAAUAUAUGAACAAUUUCUUGAACAGUUCCCUUCCAAUGAACAUUUUCCUAUUACUAUUUAAUAUUGUUAUUGGUACUUAACUCAUAGAAUGAAUUUCGAAAAAUUAAAACAAAUUUUCAGUCAACAAAAAAUUAUUCAUUCACAAUCGUUUGGAUGCUCAUAUUCAGAUGGAAUUUUACUUAGAUCCACACGUUUAGGAGACCAUAAAAAUUUAUAUUUAUUACUAAACGGUGUUUCAAAAUGAAAUAUCAAAACUGAGUACAAGAGAGAUGAUUCAGUGUCUGAGAGAGGUGUUCCUAUUUUCGAUAUAUUACAUUGCCUUCCUGUCAUCCGAAUCACCUAAUAACUUGUAGAUAAUUAAUCAAUUCGAAUUUAAGGUAGCAAAGAUUGCAGUAUCUUGAGAAAUUUCAGGAAGAGCCGUUUCAUUCAUAAGAAUGUUCAGUUUAAUGUAAACAAAAACGAACAGAUAGGACUGUGAUGUCAACAAAACAGCAAAAUUUAAUAAGCCUAUAUGAAAACACCUAUAUAGGCAGAAUAUAUUGUUAUGUUUAACUUGUACUUUACUGGUGAAUAAAUUGUUUCAGAAGAAA